AUAAUAUGGACUUAUAUAGAUUUAACAUAAUAUAGACACAUACCGAACAUAUAAAAAUCGUAACAUUAACAUUAAAAUAAAUAUAAAUUGGUUAUUAAAAUGAUUUUUUCUUCUAGGAAUGAAAAUUAAAGUUUGCUAACGGGACGAAAAACAUAUUUAAACAUUAAAUUAAUAUACGAGGAGAAUCUUCUUUCCACUUUCAUCACUAGUACUAAGAAACCAUGGUAUACCUGAUGAGCAAGUUAUGUGUUAACUAUUUAUUUCCUUAAGGUCUAAGAAAUUCUUUAUAUUUUGUCUGUCCUUGUGUUCUGGUUAUUUAGCAUGUAUAAAAAGAAGCUCUGAGUGACAUUGUUGCUACAUGCUUUUCAUUGCCUUGUUCAGAAAGAAGUUAUCAUAAAAAAAAGAGAGCAAAGUAUGGAGAAGAGUUAUAAUUCUAAGAAGGAGGAUCUUGAUCUUGCAAGUUUGGUAGAAAUUGUACUUUCUUGGACUUUCAACGAUGUUCGCAACCAAAACCUCUGCAAGAACAAGGUGCAGAAGAUCCCGCAUACAUUUAUGUCGGUAACAAAUUACUUAAGCUCAUUUGUUCCUUCAUUGAUUGAGGAAACUCAUUUUGAUCUGGCUUCGAGCUUGUAUGGCGUGCAACGCGCUCCUUUUUGUGAGAUAUUGACAGCUGUACCUGAAAGAUCAAGAAGCUUCAUACCAACCAAGUUCUUUCUUUAUCAAAUCUCAGUAUACAGCACUAAUAAUGAUACAAAAGAUGUUGGAAAAUAUGAGCCAGAGGUUGGAGAUCUCAUUGCCUUGACAGACAUCAAACCGAAAACUAUCGAAGACUUAAACAGACCUAGAAGAUAUUAUCACAUUGCUUAUGUUUGUGGAACAAAAGAAAGUACCAACGAGAUUUCAAUUCUGUCUUCCAAAUACAUUGACAUGGAGAUUAACUCGAGGAGCAACAAUACACCAAAGCUUUAUGCAAUCUAUCUUUUGAAUCUGACGACAAAUGUUCGUGUUUGGAAAGCCUUGAACUCAGAGUUGGAAGGUGCAAACAUGAACAUGAUUAAAAAGGUGCUGCUAGCCAGUUCAAAUAAUGGAGAAGACUGUCAACUUUGCAUUUCUGGGGAAAACCAUAAUGCAGCUUGUUCUAAAGUACAAACCAUGAUCCAGUCUCAAAAUCUGAAUGAAUCCCAGAAAAAUGCAGUUUUAAGUUGUGUUUCCAUGAGAGAAUGUCACCAUAGUGACACGGUUAAACUGAUUUGGGGCCCACCAGGGACCGGCAAAACAAAGACAGUGGCUUCUUUGUUAUUUUCCCUGCUCAAGUUGAAAACAAGAACAUUAGCAUGUGCUCCAACUAAUACUGCAGUGUUGGAAGUGGCUGCUCGCCUGCAGAAUUUAGUUAAGAAGCAUGAUACCGAUACAUAUGGCUAUGGUGACAUAGUGAUAUUCGGAAACAGAUCUCGAAUGAAAGUAGACAGUUACUGGUGCCUCAAGGAUAUCUUUCUUGAUUAUCGCGCAAGUAAUCUUUUGAGGUGUUUUGCUCCAUUGUCUGGAUGGAAACAUUGCUUACAAUCAAUGAUCAUGUUGCUUGAGGAUCCCUCAAAGCAAUAUCGUUCGUAUAAGCUUGAUAUAGAAAAUGCUAUUAUGUCGUUAGAACAAUUUGUAAGGCAAAAACACGAUGAUAUGGAACAUGGGAAGGAUGAUAAUACUCUGACAAUAGACCAACUUACGAAGGAGGAAUACCUUUCAUAUAAGGAAAAUAUAAAGAAUAGUGUCAUGACAUUGGAGCAAUAUGUUAAGCAGAAAUUUAGUGACAUUGGAGAGAAGCUCAAGGUAUGUAUGCAAACCUUGUAUACACACCUACCAACAUCUUUAAUUCCAUUUGAGGAGAUGAAGAAAAUUCCUAUAGCUAUUGAUUGGCUCACAUCUCUUGAAAGCUCCUUGAGUAAAGCCAAGUUGAAACAAGCUCUCGAUGACCAUGCCGAUGGAGAAAGCAUUUUUUAUUGCCUUGGAAGGUUAACCAUCAAAAGAGAAGAGUGCCUUUGCUUACUAAGAUCACUUCUUGAGAAAAUUUUACUUCCAGAAAUUACUGACAAAUAUGGAAUAGAAAAGUUUUGUUUGAUGAACGCACGCCUGAUUUUCUGUACUGCAUCAAGUUCUACUAGACUUUUCACAGAACGAAUGACACCAGUACAAUUUCUAGUUAUCGAUGAAGCAGCACAGCUAAAAGAAUGUGAAUCAGCCAUUCCAUUGCAGCUGCCAGGUCUCCACCAUGCUAUCCUCAUAGGUGAUGAGAGACAACUUCCUGCAGUGGUCAAAAGUCCGGUUACUGAUGAGGCUGGAUAUGGAAGAAGUUUGUUUGAGAGGUUGGUAUUGUUAGGAUACAAGAAGCAUCUUCUUAAUACUCAGUAUAGGAUGCAUCCAUCCAUCAGCUUAUUCCCAAAUAAAGAAUUCUACGAGGAGCAACUUGUUGACGCCCCUAUUGUUAGAGAAAUGAACUAUAAUAGGUGUUUCCUUGAAGGAAAAUUGUAUGGUUCAUAUUCUUUUAUAAACAUAGCUAAGGGUAAAGAGCAACGUGGUCGCGGACACAGUUCAAAGAAUAUAGUUGAGGCUGCUGUUAUCUCCACGAUCAUUGAAAGCCUUAAAGAAGAAUUUUCGAGGACAAGGAAGAAAGUUAGUAUAGGAAUCAUAUCUCCAUAUAAUGCACAGGUGUAUGAAAUUCAAGAGAAAAUAAAGCUGAGCAUAUCUGUUUCUGAACCCGGCUUCUCUGUUAGUGUCCGUUCUGUUGAUGGCUUUCAAGGUGGUGAAGAAGAUAUAAUAAUAAUCUCCACCGUGAGAUCUAACAGAGAUGCAAAAGUGGGUUUUCUUUCCAAUAGGCAAAGAGCAAAUGUGGCACUGACUCGUGCUAGACAUUGCCUUUGGAUAUUGGGAAAUGAAACAACUUUAGAAAAUAGUGAUUCUAUAUGGAAAGAACUAGUCCUUGAUGCUAAGGAAAGAGGGUGUUUCAAUAACGCCGAUGAGGACGAGAAAUUGUCUGAGGCAAUUGAGGAUGCCUUGCUUGACAUUGAACUCCUUGACGAAUCUGAAUUGCCAUUUAAGAAACUUAGUCUACAAGACAGAUCAGAGACAUUUGCUUCCACCUCCAGAGGUUCGCCGUAUACCAGCAGAGGUUCACUAUAUACCAGAGGUUCAUCCAGGGGCCGGGGCAAGCCAUGGAAACCAAGGUGGUAAUGAAUGAGGUUACAUAGAUUGCACCUGGACCAUAUGUUGCUAAAUCCAAGACCUCGAUACAGUUUGCUGCAUAAUAUGAGACCUCGGUAUUGCAAGGAAGGAUGACAGGGUGUGCCAAGCCAAUCCCAUGCAUAUGUACCCUACGACUUACGUAUUUACUAUUAGGGAAUAAUUAUCCACUUGAUUGCAUUCUUAAUAUGUUGGGUUGGUUGAAUUUUUUAUUUUUGUUGGUUGUAUUGUUUUUGGCAGGUGGAUAGAGUGCCCCUUGUACUUUUUCCAACAUUAUAAGAUCUAAUUGUACUUUGUUUCAUUUUUUAUCAAUGAGUUUUUGGCUGUUAAAAAAUAAAGUUAACUUAAGUAAUUAAGUAAUUUCUCAAAUCCAAUAUGAUAAACUACAUUACUAUUACCACAUAUAUGAAUUGCAUAUUCCAAGCAUUCUUCAACUACUGUGACAUUGAUCUCAUGCUAUAAUUCAUUCAGUUUUAACGUAAUA